AUGGCUCUUCAAGCGGAGUCUGUUUGCUACGAUGAUCUUGGAUGUUUUUCGAACGAAGCACCCUUCGAUGUAUUCAAUAGUUUCCCGCCAAAGAGCCCGGAGUUUAUCAAUACAGAAUUCUUAUUGUAUACACGGCUGAAUAGAGGUCGGUACAUAAAGGUCGAUAGAGCUGACCCUAACUCCCUCCAUUCCUCUACCUUUAAUUCGGGGAGAAGGACAGUAUUCAUUAUCCAUGGUUUCACCGAAAAAGGAUCUGAUUCACUGUGGAUGAGCGACCUCAAGGAAAAACUACUCACAGAGUUUGUGAAUUUGAGCAGAAAACAUUUGAAAGUUAACAGAAAGCCGGCUCACCAUCAUAACAUUCUUUUAAAUGGGUUUCUUUUCCUGUAGCAAAACUUGAACGUAUUUCUAGUGGACUGGGGCAACGGGGCAAGGAACCUGUAUGGUCAGUCCGUGCAAAACACACGCGUAGUCGGCCGUGUUGUUGCCAGAUUUAUGCAGUUUCUAAACAGCGAGACGAGUGCUACAUUUGCCGAUAUGCACAUUAUUGGUCACAGUCUCGGUGCGCACACCGCCGGCUUUGCUGGAGCGUUCCAAUUUGGAAUCGGCAGAAUCUCAGGUCUUGAUCCAGCUGGUCCAUAUUUUACUUCCACCGAUACGGCUUGUCGUUUGGAUCCAAGUGACGCCAUCUUUGUUGACGUCAUCCACACUGAUGCCGAAGUCAUCGGCUGUGGCAUCGAAGAGCCAAGUGGACACAUAGAUUUCUACCCUAACAGUGGGAAGGAACAGCCUGGUUGUCCUGCUAAUGUCGGGGACGUAUCCGAUCCCUUUGAGGUUAGCUGCAGCCACAUUCGUGUCUUGGACUUCUACAUCGAGAGCUUGGAUUCCAGCCAGUGUGAAUUUGUUGCCUACCCGUGUUCCAACUGGGACCGGUUUGUAAAUGGGCAGUGCACCAGCUGCGGUUGGAAAGGGUGCCCCAAGAUGGGAUACUGGGCCGAUCGAUCUUUAGCAACUGGUAACUUCUACUUACAGACUGGAGCUCAGUCGCCUUUCUGUGCAUUCUAAUUGCGCUUGACGAGGACAACAAACCUGUCUGGUAUUAUAAAUGAGCAUCAGAAAUUAGAAUCGAAUCCCUGACCUCUAUUAGCUCAGAGAUUUUUGUUAAAACUACAGUUAUACA